UCUGCAGUAGCGUUGUCCGUAUUUCUCUCCUUGUUCGAGACGGCAGCUGUCACUUCAAAGUGCGCGUUUGAUGAUAUAUCUGCAGCAAUACGUAGUGAUACGUUUGCAAAUUUCUAUGUUUCAUUCUACUAUUUUCGGAAUUCUAUUUUAUUGUAAGCUUGUUUACGUCUCGCAAAUGUCUCCUGGUGACAGUGAUAUUCAAUGUCCAGCAUUUCAUCUGGAUAUUUUUCACGGUGAACCUUUCGAUUGUACGUAAUGGAGAGACAGAAAAAUUUGUUGCAGCUACGCAACAUAUACAAUCGCAGAACCAGCACGCGAUAUUGAGUUACGAUCGGUGGAUUUCGAUUUACGCGUGAUUUGAUUUAGUGAGCGAGUUGAAACGCGCGCGUGAUUUUCGACGUUGACGUUUGGGGAUUGAUCGUUCGCUCCUCGGUUAAUUGCUUUCCAAAAUUUCGUACACAUCGGCGUGCGAUUUAACGGGCAAAUCGCAUCAUUUGCGUUCGCAAGGUGGAUGGGAAUAUCUCGCUGUGCGCGAAUUAUAAUUGACAACGUUAUUCGCAAAUGCGAGCCACUUCGCAAGUGAGUUCGACGCCAUUCUCGCUCCACGACAGUGUUACAAUUCGCUGAGAGAGGUCUUGCGUCGUUUGCACCGUAUAUUUCAGAAUAGGGAGUAGGAGAAUUCCCGUUAUGAUUUCGCCGGUUGUUUCCGAGACUCCCAUGCGCUAGAAGUGUCUUCGACGAUACAAAAGGAGUUGUCGACGUCGCGCUCGGUCGCGGCUCUUGAGAACGAGCUUUGUCGCUUCGGAUGAAAGUAAGACGGACAUCGUAAGGGUUUAACUUUAUUGCUGCAGCGAGUCUUGAAGAAAGUGGAAGUCAACAGAAAAUGUAAUUCUCUACCAGUGGAUUCGUACAUUAUUACAUCUUAUGUCUGCCAGAGGAUUGACAAUAAAUUAGGAUUAUCUCUAGUUUGCCGUAACGCUCGCCUUAUUGAAAAAAAUCGACAUGGAUGCCAGUACGGUGCGGUUAGUAAUAUUUUUGGGCAUGUUUCUGAUUUUUGCCGGCGAUUAUAGUGCAUUGAUCGCUUCAAUUUUCGGUAAUAUAACGGAGAGGAACAUAACUGAUGCUAUGAAAGAACCCAAGGCUCAACUCAAAGGGCCUUCCCAUGAUAAGAUACCAGUUGUUUCGAAAAAAGACAUCGAUAAAAAUAACGUUGCUCUACGCCGUGCAAAGAUGAUGACAAUGAUCAAAACUGCUUGCUUGCCGAAGCUAAUAUGCGAACUCACCAAGUCUGUUCAUCAAGACCAACUAAGUGAAAUGGAGCGAUCUCUUUUAAAUCUUAUAAGAGAUACAAGUCUGAACACAAUGGCGGAAGUACCAUCGAGAUAUCACUUCGCGGCUCACAUGGGUCAACUGAUUUCUGGUAUAGAAGGCCAAGGUUGUCAUAACUUUUACCCGACAUGUCCGUUGCCGGGUAUUAGAGUUCUGAACAUGAUGAAGAAGAUUCGUCUACGCUAAAGCAUGAUUACCAUCACUGUUGAAAUCGAUGAUUUAAUUAACCUGUGAUAUUGUGAAAGGAGGAGACUGGGGCUAAUAGACUCAUUUUUCGGUUUCGAAUUUUUAUAGACGAAAUUAAGGGACUUAUCGAAAAAAUAAAUUCUAUACUUGUUACUACAUACAUUUGACUACCUAAUAAUGUUUUAAUAAUAAGGGGAAACUGAUAACUAAUAUUUAAAAAAUACAUUUUUCUAGUGCAUUCCAUUUGAUUCAACUAGCCCGGGAUAAUUCGACUAAGAUUAUUAAAAUAAAGAUUAAUGUAUUUUAAGCUACAUCUUUGGCUACAUAUUAAUAAAACUUUUAUAAAGAUA